AAUCUCUUACGCACAACAUCUCGUACUUUUCAGUACUGCCUUCUUACUUUUUACUCUCUCCCUCUCCUUUCGCCGCGUGUCCUUUUCGGUCUGGUCAAAUACUCUUUUUCCUUACAUCCAACGGCCCAGAUUUUGCCAAUGAUUUCAGUAAAUUAGACCCAGCGUUUCGUUGUCUUCUCCUUAUAUUUCCUCGCUUUCUCUGCAACUCUUUAACCUACCCGAAAAAGUUUAGAUUUUUUUUCUUCUCUGAAAAGAAACUCGGAAAAUGAACCCGACCCGAACGAACAGUUUUAGCCUGAUUCGGACUCUCUGUAAACCGACCCACCACCCUCUCCUCUAUCUCCGAGUCGUCUUCUUGUUUGUUCCCACCUGAAAAAGGACCCCCCCCCCCCGAAGUGUCGUCGUUUCAGAUUUUUUUUUGGUUUUUUAAAAUUUUGAUUUUUGCUAAAACCCAAAAUGUCGUCGUUUCAGUUGAACAAUAAUAUCUUUAGAUUAACUGAAGAUCUACUGGUCCGAGUCCAAGAGAAAAUCGCCGCUGAAUCGGAUCGGAAAUCGUUUCGACUCGUUUGCAGAGAGUUCUGCCGAAUUGACUCACUGACCAGGAAGCAUCUCCGAGUUCUCCGAAUAGAGUUCUUGCCGAGUCUUCUCAUCAAGCACCCUCAAUUACAAUCUCUCGACCUCUCCGCUUGUCCCCGCAUUGACGACGGAGUCGUUUCAUUGCUCUUAACUCGGGUUGGUCCGGGUUCGAGCUCACUGAAUUGGGCGAACUGGACUCGGGGACUGAAGAGUUUAAUACUGAGUCGAGCGACGGGGUUGAGGUUCUCGGGGUUGGAGAUGUUGGCACGUGCAUGUCCGUGUUUGGAGAGCGUAGACGUGUCGUAUUGUUGUGGGUUUGGUGACAGGGAAGCGGCUGCCUUGUCGUCUGCGGUUGGGUUGAGGGAGUUAAAGAUGGAUAAGUGCUUGCAACUGAGCGAUGUCGGAUUGGUCAAGAUCGCUGUCGGAUGUUUGAAGUUGGAGAAGUUGAGUUUGAAGUGGUGUAUGGAGAUAACUGAUCUUGGUGUCGAUCUUUUGUGUAAGAAAUGCGUGGAUUUGAAGUACCUUGAUGUUUCUUACCUCAAGGUGACAAAUGAAUCACUUCAGUCUAUUGCUUCUCUGGUGAAGCUCGAGGUUUUGGGUUUGAUGGCGUGCCCUUUAAUCGAUGACAUUGGAUUACAGUUUAUUGAGCGUGGAUGCCCUUUACUGAAGGUAAUUGAUGUAUCAAGGUGCGAAGGAGUGAGUUCAUGUGGUUUAAUCCCUGUUGUUAGAGGCCAUGGUAAUCUUCUGGAGCUUAAUGCAGGUUACUGUCUUUCACUUUCUACAAACCUUCUGCAUUGGAUAAAGAACUUAAAGCACCUUGAAGUUAUCAGAAUUGAUGGGACUAGAAUUUCUGAGUCUAGUUUCCAUGUUAUUCGCUCCAAUUGCCAGUCAUUGGUAGAAAUUGGGCUAAGCAAAUGUGUGGGGGUUACCAACAUGGGCAUAAUGAGACUUGUAUCUGGCUGCAUUAAUUUGAGAGUCCUAAAUCUAACAUGCUGCCAUUUCAUUACUGAUGCUGCAAUUUCUGCCAUAGCGGACUCAUGCAGAAACCUUGUAUGUCUAAAGCUAGAGUCUUGUAAUAUGAUUUCUGAGAUGGGUCUCUGUCAGCUUGGAUCCUUUUGCUUGCUGCUGGAGGAGAUUGAUCUAACAGAUUGUUGCGGUGUAAAUGACAAAGGACUGGAAUACUUAUCUAGAUGUUCAGAACUCUCAUGCUUGAAACUAGGACUUUGCACAAACAUAUCAGACAAAGGACUCUUCUAUAUUAGUUCUAGCUGUGCCAAGAUCCAUGAACUAGAUCUAUACCGGUGUACAGGUAUUGGUGAUGAUAGUUUAGAUGCUUUAUCUAGAGGUUGCAAGAAGUUGGUGAAGCUCAACUUGUCAUACUGCAAUGAAGUUUCUGAUAGAGGACUAGGAUAUAUUGGUCGUCUAGAGGAACUAUCUGAUCUGGAAUUGCGGGGGCUUAAUAAAAUUACAGGUGCAGGUUUGGAAGUAGUUGCAGCUGGAUGUAAGAGACUGGCAGAUUUGGAUUUGAAACACUGUGAGCAAGUUGACGAUUCUGGCUUUUGGGCACUUGCCUACUACUCAAGGAACCUUCGACAGAUAAAUUUGAGCUACUGUGCCAUCUCUGAUAUGGCAUUGUGCAUGGUGAUGGGGAGCUUGACACGCCUGCAAGAGGCAAAGCUUGUGCACCUGGACAAUGUCACAAUUGAAGGGUUUGAACUUGCACUUAGAGCCUGUUGUAUACGGAUUAAAAAGGUCAAGCUACUUGCCCCUCUAAGGUUCUUGCUUUCAUUGGAGAUUCUUGAAGCCCUGCAUGCUAGAGGUUGCAUCAUAAGAUGGGAUUAGAUGAUUUCUUCUUGGGAGUAUACAAGGAGAAUAAUGAAUAAACCAUAUGUACCUUGUCCAUGGAUUGGGAAAUAGGUUAGCCUAUGCUUUCAAGUGCCUUGCCCAUGGGUUAGGAAAGGAGCAAUUCCUUUUAAUGCGGCGGUCUAGAGCCAGUUCCAAACGUUUUCUUCAGAAUAAAAUUCAUGUUUGAAGUUUAUAUUUUGCUUUAGACUACUAGGUUUAGGUUACUACAGCUAGGAUUUGCUUUGACUGUGGUUUAUUUAUUUGUAUUUCGACGAGAUUAUUUUAACUAUCAUAUUAAUAUGGUGGUUCGAGUUCAUGGAUCAUGGCAGAAAAGAAAUUAAUUGGAAGAUCUCUAGUUUGUCAUC